CAUAAGUAUGGGGUACGUUAGCAUGUCUCCAUCGAUCAUUCACUCGUUUUAUUUUGUUUCACUCUCGUAUCUUUCUCACGAACUGUUGAGCGUUUUUCUGUACUCUUUCUCUCUCUUCUAUCGCUCUAACUUAUAUCCAUUGCAUUUCUUAGUUGUUGUACAAGCAGCACUGCUGCUACUGAGCCAAGGACACCCGUAGAAAAGAAAACUCAACAAUCUACCACCAAAAAAGAGCMCCCGCCAGUGAAGAAACCAAUGAAGAAACCAGUGACAGCUUCCAAAGCAAAAAAUGCAGCAGAGCCUACUCCCGUUCCUUCGGAAAAAGUUGUCGCCGAGCCCACCUCCCCCGCCAAAACAUCGCCUGUGGAGAAGGACGCUACCAAACCAGUCCGCAAUCCUGCCGCCAUUGCUGCACCUGCCCCUGGGGUGAAACAUGUACGCGCAGCUUACAAAGGAAAGGGAUGGGCACCUCCUCAGAAGGAAUGGGAAUCUAACAAGAAAACAGCAGGUGAUAAAACGAGAAUUGAAAUCGAAGACGAGUGGGACGAAGACGGAAACCUGAAAAGAACAACCACAAAAUAUACAACAACACCAGACUGGAAAAAAACGACGGAAACAACAGUUGAAGUAUUUUCUGCUGAAGAGGCGAAGAAGAUGGGCCUGGGGAGGAAAUAAGUAAAAUAGUUAUCCUUCUGGAGUGAUAUAUGCUGCGCAACAGAUAUUCCAUCAAUCCUUUACAUACAAGAUAC